UGUCAAGUCAAAGCCAAAGCUUGUUUAACGCAAAUAUGCCGUGACGUCACUGCCUUGCAAUCCUGCUGGAGUCAGUUGAAGUUGUCAGAGAAUGUGCGCGCGUCCUCACCGGUGCGUCAUGACCGCUGCCAAGAAGAGCGGCACUCUCGGUGGAGGAGGAAGAAGAGGAGGGUGUCUUCUGGAGGAUGGAAGUUUGGACCCGCGUCCGAGGAGAUGGGAUGUGAGCUUUUUAACGCUUUGCAGACAUUUGGGAAGAUUGAUUUAAAAAGAUGCACUGUUGGAAUCCAAGGAGAGAUGGCAUGUGCGCUCCUCUUCAGUCGCCGGCUCACAAAAACAUCAGUGUGCUUGCUGUCCCUUCUCUUCUCCUUCAUGUGUUACUGCGCUUUAUUCCACUCGGACCCACUCAUAAUGCCGGCCUCGGGGGAUCCAGCUCCAAGCUGCCGUCAGCCGGGGGCUGAUGGUAGCUCCCGGCGUCUUAGCCUCUCAUGCGCCUCCACCUCCUCUUCUUCUCUUCCUCCUCCGUCCCAUCCAGCCGAGAGGCCACCUUCUGCUCCGCUCCACGCCAAGACCGACACGCCCAGCCCCCCCGUGGGCCAUUCAAAGUUUGGGAAUAAGAAGUUACCCAAUGCUAUCAUAGUUGGAGUGAAGAAGGGCGGUACCAGGGCGGUUCUGGAGUUCAUACGGAUCCAUCCGGACGUGAGAGCUGCCGGUACCGAAACGCACUUUUUUGACCGGAACUAUAACAGAGGACUGGAGUGGUACAGAGGUUUGAUGCCAAGGACUCUUGAAGGCCAAAUCACAAUGGAGAAGACGCCAAGCUACUUUGUCACAAAAGAGACACCGCACCGGAUAGCCAUCAUGUCCCAAGACGCCAGACUCAUUGUGGUGGUCCGAGACCCUGUCACCCGAGCCAUAUCCGACUACACGCAGACUUUGUCCAAAAAUCCCGACCUGCCAAGUUUCCAAGAGUUGGCGUUCCAGAACCAAACCUCAGGCUCGGUGGACACAUCCUGGAACGCCAUUCGCAUCGGUCUGUACGCCCUUCACCUGGAGAACUGGCUGCGCUACUUCCCUCUGGCUCAGAUCCACUUCGUCAGUGGCGAACGCCUCAUUACGGACCCGGCCGGUGAGCUGGCACGGGUGCAGGACUUUCUGGGGCUUAAGCGCAUUGUCACGGACAAGCACUUCUACUUCAACCGUACCAAAGGCUUCCCGUGCCUCAAGAAGCCAGAGAGCAGUGGCUCACCACGUUGCCUGGGAAAGUCCAAGGGAAGGACUCAUGUACAGAUCGACCGGGACGCCAUCGAGCAGCUGCGAGACUUCUACAGACCAUUUAAUGUCAAGUUCUAUGAAAUGGUGGGUCAUGAUUUCAAGUGGGAGUAGAGACCAAGGACACUGAGCCAAGAUAUGAGAGCCAAGAUAUGAGAUGAACACGCAUCACCUCAACGUCACGAUUUUGUGUUUCUUUACAUUCAUACUUACUUAUGAAGAGUCAGAAGAAUCAGUUUGUCUUAAACCCAAGACCUUGGAUAUAUUCAUAUUUUCAGGAAUAGCUGCAGAUGAUUCCAAAGUAAAGACAUAACGUAACGUAGGAAUCACUUUAGAGCAACGCAACCACCCAACACAAUUGAUUGAAUCUACUGUGUGGCAUUGAUGAGGGCACAGUACUCAGCUGCAACCAGUGGAGGCGCUCUUGAUUCAUUCAUUCAUUUUUUUACCGUUGCGGGGGUGCUGGAGUACCCCCGCAACCCUGUUUUUGGGCGAGAGGCGGGGUACACCCUGGACUGGUGGCCAGCCAAUCACAGGGCACAUAUAGACAAACAACCAUUCACACUCACAUUCAUACCUAUGGACAAUUUGGAGUCGCCAAUUAACCUAGCAUGUUUUUGGAAUGUGGGAGGUAACCGGAGUACCCGGAGAAAAAACACACAUGGGGGAGAACAUGCAAACUCCACACAGAGAUGGCCGAGGGUGGAAUUGAACUCGGGUCUCCUAGAGCUAGGAGAAAGCUGAAAGCUGAAGACUGAAAGCUAGGAGACUCCUAGUCUCAACUAAAAGAACAACGUGGCAUCAGCUAGGGGAAGUUCAGCUUCAAUUUCACAACCGGACAACUACACCGGCAUGGAAACAGAAGUUCAGAACAUUCACAGAAAUAUUCUCCUAUCCCUCCAAAAAUUUAAUUCUUCAUUUUCAUUUUCAUUCUUCAAUUUCCACCAAUAAUUUUGGUUGGCAAACUUUUCUCAUGACAAUUUAUUCCAAUGUCACACAAAAAGUGACAGCAGUCAAGGGAGGCAGUUAUGAUGAAAAAAACAAAAACAGUAUUCAAACUGUAUUUAAAAAAUGUAUUUGCUGUAUGAGUCCAAUGAUUAACAUUUUCUUCUAUAAAAAUCGCUGAAUUUGCACAUUUCUUGAUCAAGUGAGGCUGCCACAAUCAAGAGCAUUGAGUUGCAUCAUAAUAUACACCUUGACUUUCUACUGUCGUUAAAGGAAAAGAGCACUUAUUAAAAAUGUUGCCCAUCAUUCACAGUCCUUGUGUGAAACAUGAACACAUAUUUCUUUCCCUUUCCUGUGCAUUCUACCGAGAGAAAACAAGUUAAUAUGAGCUAGCUAACAAUGGAUAUCAUGGGAGGUACCUAUUUUGACGCUAAAGGGUUUGGCAUUAUGACAAAAAUAAUAGAUUUUUAAUGACAGAAUGGUUUACUGCUGGGGUGGCUUAGAAGGAGCAACAUCUAACAUCCAGUCUUGAGAAAAUAAGUAAAAUAUUUUUUGGGAUACCGUAGUUCAGACAUGAGAUGAUAUAUAAAAAUGACAUUAUAAAGAAAGUUUCACAGUUUAGUUUGCUACUGUACGGAUCAGGUUUAACGUGGGAUGACAUCAUAGCACAGGAAAGGAAAAACGAAACAGUUCAGUACCUCUAAACAAGAACCACAGUGGUUUUUUGUAGAAAUGAGAUUUAUUUAUUGAUCAUCAAAUCAAUGCACAGCACUGUGUAGCGCCACUACAAUGCCGCAAAAGUAGAAAGUGAAAUAUUUAAGUCGGAUAUUUUGUUAUUUAGGCCCCAAUACCCGGUCAUUGGAAGAUGUCUAGUGCCAGUCUCAAACCAAUGUUGCAAAAAACUAAGUAGAAACUAAGCUAAAUCACAGAGCUGGUACUGUUUGCAAUGGAAUUGUCAUAAAAUGCUUAAAUAAUGAAAAAAGCACUAUUAUUACUAAUGUCAUUGGAAUUGUAAAGAUGUUUUCAUGUAUGCCAGUUAUGUUGCUUCACAAACAAAGACCAUUUUAACAAGGCAUUGAAUUGACCCUGAGAACAUGCUACCGAGGAACCUUAUGGCUGAUUGUUUGUUUUUCUUUUCAAAGUAUGUAAUUGCUGCUCCUCCUGUGAUGCACUCUAUGGGCAUGGUUGCUUUAUUUCUGUAAUACAAAUCAAUGUCCUUCAAGGUGAAAACUGGCAAUCGUGAAUAAAAUCUUAACUCCAAACAUACUUUCACGCUCAAACACUCAGUGUUAUUUCAUCUGCAUUCUUGGCACAUGAGAGCAAAAUAAAAAAAAUAAAAAAUCUUUGGAGAUGCGUUGUAGUCGCCAAGACUGAGCUGCGGGCGGCGGUGGUGGUAUGAUAGGCGGACGAGUGGGUGUUAGGAAUUUCAAUCACAGUGUAAAGACAAAGGAGGAGGCAGCUCACUGUGGCAGGUUAUCAAAUAGACUGGGAGUCACAUGACUGCGGGAAAAAGUUGGAAUUUGGCCUUGUGCUGAAUACUGACAAGUGAGACACGGGUCAUCUGCUACCUGACAAGCAAGUACAGUAUAUCACUGUUAUCAUGUGUAGCAGGGUGCAUUGAAACAUUACACCCUAGGAUA